AUGCUGAUUACUCUAGAAUGCGUUAUACUUGCGUUACAGACGGUUGCUGCAGUUCGACUUGCAUUGGAUUCACCUUCUGGAAUUACCAGUCAAUCAAGCAAUAGGCUGUCAAAACGAUCACCUGUUGAACUGGGCCGUGAUGCUGACCAAUGUUUCACAAUUAAAUCCAAUGUUAAUGGAGUCAAUUUGAAUUUACUAGUCGAAUCAGAAGCUCCUGGUAUAAUUGUACCACUUCCUAGUUCAAGUGACGAUGUAGGUUUGGCUAUACAAAGUAUUUCAAGUGGGGAACCCUUUAUUAUAAAGUACAGAGACAAACAGUAUAAAGGAGUUACAUCCACAGCCGCUGUGACGAUUCCGGGUACUGGGAUAACUGACAUCAAAUUACCAGUAAUAGCAGUUGAAAAACAAUCGGCAGAUUCGGUUGGUAUCGAUCCAGAGUUUGAUGGAAUAUUUGGGUUUGCCUAUUCCUCGUUGUCAAAAUAUCACACAUCAGUCCCUGCAAUGGAUGUUUUGUACAAUGGCAAUACCAUUCCCAAUAACGAGAUUGGCAUUCAACUAUGUCCGUAUGACAUGAUUUCAAAUAGCUUCAUCAAUAUAGGAAACACGGAUAUAACUGCAAAAUGCGGAACAGAUGGAAGGAGUGUUGCAUGGGUAAAUUCACCAUCAGACGAUCGUCAUACUGUCAACAUCAAGAAUAUACUAGUCAAUGGCAAACAAGUGGAUCUGCCCGUUGAAUUCCAAAAAAAGGAGGAAAAUGGACGUACUUUGUAUUCGGUUAUACAAACAUGUUGUACAUUUAUGCAUUUUCCUCGAACAGUUGUGACAGCGUUGGUUGGUGCUAUUGUUGGUAGUAAUGGGAUCACUGUCAAAAAUACUAAGUUCAAGAGCAAGAGCAAACACAAGCGCAAGCUCACCCCGGAAGAAAUUGAAAAAAUAUUUUGGGAACACCAUCUAAUGUCCAGAUCCAAUUUUGAUAUCAAUUGGAGCAAGCUGCCGUCGCUUACAAUCGUAAUGUAUGCUCAAACCCCCGUAACUGAUGACAAUAGAAACUCCGUUAUAGAGAUCACACUGGGUCCCAAAGACUAUAUACAGAAAAUCAAUUCUGAAAAAUUUGUGUUUGCUGUAACAGCUGGUCCAAAUGAUUAUGCAGUUCUUGGUAUAUCAUUUAUGACCCGACUUGCAGUCACAUUUGAUUUACAAAAUAAACGCAUUGGGUUUGCUCCUGGAUGUGGAUGCGAAGUCGCGACUGAUGGAUAUCCUACUAUCUCGAACGGUGAUCAAGUGCUCUGGUCACCAUCACAACUGCCUGAACAACCAAGUACUUCAGGUUUAGGUAGAACAUCUACUCUCAGGAGAUUGUCGCGACUUGGUAGUACUCUCCGUGGUACUAAGCGGUCAAAAGUUAGUUACGAGAAAUUUGAGGGCUGA